AUAAAACCUACCCAAGUAUACAGCACUCGUGCUUCGUUCAAUCAAUCAACACUCCAACACCGCUACAGUUGAUUAAGCUUCCAGCGAAAAGACCAGAAACCCCACCCCCACACAUUAGAGGAAGCUCUAGGCCGCCUGACGUCAUUGGCUACUUUGCGAGGACAGCUUCGUUGGGCACUUCAAGGCACUGAUCCGGGCAGUCUCGCCACUUUUCACACUUGGACCUUUACAUACCACAAAUCAACGCAAUAUUCACGUUUUGGCACGACACCAUCACCAUGGCGGAAACCACAGAGAACCAGACCCCCGUCGUCGACGAGACUCCCAUCUCUUCUGUCGGGAACCCUGCCCGCAAGAACUCGCUUUCCACCUACCUGAAGAACCGACCCGAACGCUCCGAGUUGGUAGAGAAGAACAUUCUCCCAGACUCCUCAGCUGCUCCAGGCCUUCUUGCCAGCCAAAAAGAGCUCCAGAAGCACAUGCUCGGAGACAAACUCAACGACAAGAUCUCACACCGUCCUACUCCCGACACCCUCCUCAAGGAAGGCGUCCUACACGAUGAUCCCCGCUCUCCCGAGGAAAAGUACCAGGAGGCCAUUGAAGAAGAGUACGCCAAGCGUGAGGGCGGUGCGUAAAUUUGUCUAGGACUUUUGUAUAGCGACCAAGUGCUGGAUACAAUGCGACUCAAUUUGGUACAGACAUGUUGCCGGUAGGGGCUCACUAAGAAACUGGUUUGUUUGACAAGUUGGAAUCCUGCUUUCUGUUUUUUCCCCCUUCCUAGGAGCUCGCUUGAUAUCCCAAACAAGAGGAUUUUCAUAAGCAAAAGACAGGGCUACCUAAUAUUGAGGUGUUGUGAUAUGUCUUCUACAGCCUUAAUCUCAAUCUCAUGUCUUAGCACUGAAGAAACCUAAAAAUAAAGUCUAAAAUUGACACGUCAAAUCUAUUAAAAG